AUGGUCCUCGUCGACCGGUCAAACCGCGUGCUCAUCACAAGCGCCGUCUUCCUUGGCCUCGCCACCGUAUUCGUCGCCUUACGAUGUAUCUCCAAGUUCGCCAUUAGACGCAGAGCCGAUGUCGACGACUGGGUCACCAUCCUAGCCUGGGUGAGUAUUACUUCCUGUGCUCCCAUCGCCAGCCUCUGGCAUCUCAUGUCCAUCCCCCGCCCAUCCCGACAAUCAGUGAUCGUACAAUCUGCAACCACUGGAGGCUUCUUUGCCGGCUGUGUGCCCACUCAAUCGGCGACAAGGGCGUCACCGGUAGUCGCCCACCGGCACACGAACUGGCUGCUCGGUGCAUUCACUGUCAAGCUGAGGGCGCCACCGUCUUCCUUAUCUUUCAGCGAUACCCGUACUCGUCGUUCUUCCGCUGACCUCCAGGCGUUCACCGUCGCGCUCAACAUCUCGAUCAUCUACGGAGCCACGGUAGGCAUCGGCAAACCCGAUAGUGCCAUCAAGUCAGAAUGGUGGGCCCCGCUCAAGAAGGCGUUCUACGUCUUCCCCAUCUUUUACCACCUGUCCUCGGCGGCGGCGAAGAGCGGCGCGCUGUUGCUGUACAUUCGUAUGGCCAGCGCGCACGUGUUCCUUCGUUACGCGAGCUAUGCAGUCCUGGCCAUCGUUGACAUUGCCGGCAUUGUGCUGGUCUUCCUCAACAUCUUCCAAUGUCGCCCGAUCUCAGCGGCCUGGGACCCCACCGUGCAAGGCCAGUGCUUCGAUCUCGUCACACUCUUCCUCUCGUCCGCCCCCGUCAACAUCCUUUCCGACCUUGCAAUCCUUAUCCUUCCGCUCCCCAUCAUCACCGGGCUGAGAAUCGAGAGAAAUGCCAAGAUUGGUCUCGUCCUCACCUUCCUUUGUGGCGCGUUCGUGGCCAUUGUCGAUGUCGUCCGAAUCGCCUACCUGCAGCAGGCGCUUCGCGUGCAGAUCUCCAUGCAACGAGGCGACACUGUUAGCGCCAAGACCGGCCCGCCCAACUUUUACUGGUACACGUCGUACGGCGUCAUGUGGUCCGCCAUCGAAUGCUCCGUCCGAGUCAUGUGCUGCUGUGCACUGGUUAUGAAGCCGCUGAUCCAGCGGGUACGACCACGAUCGUUGAGCCGCUCGUCGCAGUCGCGGUCAAGACAGAUUGGAUCAGGACCACUGCUUUCUCGGGGGAGCGCUCAGGGCGGCAGCGGCGGAGCUCACCAAGACGACAGCUAUAUCUCGGAGCCGGGUGUCAAGUCGCCGCGGAACCAGCCCCUGCAGGCGAUCUUAGAAGUGGAUGCCGGCGUCCCUGAUGAGGACCAGAUGGACAUCAUGCAGUUCUUCGCGAACGGUCCGCCCGAUACCCACCACCACCAUCAUCGAAGUCCGCCGGCCAGCCCGUCAAAGCGAUUCAGUGCGCGGCUACCGAGUAUACCGACGUUAGGAGGGAUGGGAGGUACGACAUCAAGCAGCGCCGAGACUCAGACCACUAGUGGUGAUCAGAGCGAAGGCGAGCCACCCGUUCCAGUGUCGCCGAAAGCGAACGUGUUUGGCGUGCCAUUAGCAAAGCCGGACUCGCGCGUCAGCGAGGUACAGGCGUCUCUAAUGGCCAUGCCGUUACGUUGGAUCACGAACAACUCUGCCAAUGUGCCGCCAGAGCAUAUUCAGCAACCGACGAACAACUUCUUCGACUUCGUGCAGAUGGGCGGCCGGAAGCCUCUGACACAGCUCACGGCGAAGGAGGCUUGGUGGCCGAUACUCUUCGUCUCGAUACUCUUCUUCCUCUGGGGCUUCUCGUACGGAUUACUCGGCGUUCUGAACGACAAGAUUCUACAAGUCAUCGGAAAGUCUGACUCGCGAGCGAUCGCGCUGCAGAACUCGUACUGGCUCGGCUACAUCAUCGGUCCGCUCACGUUCGGCUUGUACGUCCUGCCGCGUUACGGUUUCAAGGUCACGUUCAUGACUGGUCUCGUCAUCUACGGCUGUGGUGCCAUGGCGUUCUGGCCGUCAUCGGUGCUUGUGUCGUACGGAGGGUUCUUCUUCUCUAACAUUUGCAUUGCGAUCGGCCUCUCGGUUCUCGAGACCGCGGCGAAUCCGUUCAUUGCCAUUGCCGGUCCGGGUCACCUGUCCGAAGCGCGGCUAAACUUCUCGCAGGGCAUACAGGCCGUCGGCUCCAUCUUCUCGCCGAUCCUCGCGACCAAGGUGUUGUUCAAUCACCUGAACGAUCGCGGGUCGUUGUUCGACGUGCAGUGGUGCUACCUCGCAGUUGCGCUGUUUGUGCUGCUUCUGGCGCUCGUAUUCUUCUACGUGCCGCUGUCGGAAGCGACGGAUGAGGAGCUGCAGCAGCAGACGGACGAGCGAUUGGCGAAUGCCAACCUGUCGCCAUCGGCGCGGGCUUACGGCAUGCCAGCUCGUUGGUUCGUCAUCGGCGCCGGCUGCUUCGUCAUGUCGUGCUACGUUGGACAGCAGGAGUCGAUCUCGUACUGGUGGCACGACUUAAUACAGCUAAUGCGGCCAAAUACGGACGAUUCUUGGGACCUCUUCAUCGGGCACUGCCUGUUUGCGGCUUCCCGAUUCAUCGCUUCCGGCGUGUGCUACCUGGGCUUCACGCCACGCCUGAUCCUGAACGUGUGUUGCGCGGCGACGUUCAUCACAUCCCUGCUCGCCAUGCUGCUGAAGCCUGGCAAGGGUUCGUUCGCCUGUCUCCUGCUUGCAAUGUUCUUCGAGGGUCCCGUCUUCCCGACAUUGUUCGCGACCGCGCUGCGCGACCAGGGCCGCCGGACAAAGAUGGCGAGCAUCGCGUUGACCGCGUCCAUCGGCUUCACCGUCGUCUGGGAAAGCAUCAACUAUGGUAUCUGGCGCGGCACAGGCAAGGACGUGCGUAGUACGCUCAUCCUCGUCGUCGUCCUCUGCGGAGUGCAAAGUAUCUAUCCCGCCAUGCUUGCUCUCAGCCCUACGCUGCGGCGCUGGGUCGACCCUCGCUGGUCCAUCUCCCGCACACCACGACCAGGCUCGCAGCCAGCCCCCGCCUCGCCUCCAGACUCGGACCCGAGCGUCAUGGAAAAGACGCCUUCCUCGCCCCCGUCGCCGGCGAAGAAGCCUCUCCAGCCCAUGCCCUCGCCAGACGGCAACGGCGAGCCGUCCGACGCCGAUCUGGCCGGCCUCGGUGUCGUCGGCGCCCUCGAGUUUAAGAUCUAG